ACACUGAGGCCUGCAGUCACAGGCUGAGAGCACCAUGACGGCUUCGGGCGCGCUGUUCCCCACUCUGGUGUCCGGGAGCCGCGGCUCCUCCAGCAAAUACCUGGUGGAAUUCCGGGCCGGGAAGAUGUCACUGAAAGGCUCGACGGUGACUCCCGACAAGCGCAAGGGGCAGGUUUACAUCCAGCAAACAGACGACUCCCUCAUACACUUCUGCUGGAAGGACAGGACCGCCAACACCGUGGAGGAUGAUCUCAUCAUUUUCCCUGAUGACUGUGAGUUCAAGCGCGUGCCCCAGUGUACCACUGGGCGUGUCUACGUACUCAAAUUUAAAGCAGGAUCAAAGCGUCUCUUCUUUUGGAUGCAGGAACCCAAAUCAGACAAAGAUGAGGAGUAUUGUCGUAAAGUGAAUGAAUACCUGAACAACCCCCCAAUGCCUGGGGCUCUGGGUAGUGGCAGCAGUGGGGGGCACGAGCUGGCAGCACUUGGAGGAGAAAGUGGUCUGCAAAGUCUUCUUGGUAACAUGAGCCACAAUCAACUGAUGCAGCUGAUGGGAGCAACUGGUUUAGGUGGACUAGGUAGCUUGGGGGCUCUGGCUGGGCCAGCAGGACUUGCUGGCUUGCUCGGCAGUGGAGGGCCGACAACUAGUACCAGCUCUUCAUCAGGCUCCCGAAGCCAGUCUGCAGCCAUUACCCCAACUUCGGCCAGCUCUGCGGUUCGUAUGAGCUCAACACCUUCAGCUGCUGCAGCGACCACACCCAUCCCAUCCCUGGCACCAGCUCCCGCCGUGGGCACACCAGCAACCACAACAGCAGCAGCUACUCCAACAACACCAACAGCACCAACCACUGCAUCUGCAGCUGCAGCCACCACUAGCUCUACCUCUAGUUCUGUCAUUAGCCCGACUCAGCACAUUCAGCUGCGGGAUUUGCAGACUAUCUUGGCCAGCAUGAAUGUUCCUGCCGUUGGAGAAGGGUCAGGAGCACAAGCCGUGGAUCUGGCCAGCGUGCUGACGCCAGAGGUUAUGGCGCCCAUUCUGGCAAAUGCAGAGGUUCAGGAGCGAUUGGUGCCGUUCCUGCCGUCAGGAGAGUCGCUGCCACGACCAGCCGAGGAAAUCCAGAACACGCUCACCUCGCCCCAGUUUCAACAAGCCAUGAGCAUGUUCAGCGCAGCAUUGGCUUCAGGACAGUUGGGGCCAUUAAUGAGCCAGUUUGGUUUGCCAGUUGAGGCUGUGGAAGCAGCUGGCAAAGGGGAUGUUGAAGGAUUUGCUAAAGCCAUGCAGAACAGCUCCUCUUCACCGAGCACAACAGCAGAGGAAAAGGAGGGAGAAAGUGAAUCAAAGAACAAGAAAGAUGAAGAGGAAGAUAUGAGUUUGGACUAAGUUUACUGGUCCAUUUUGUUUAAAUGUUUAUGAUGAUAUUCAAGUAAAGGAUAGAGUAUGCAAUUUAAAGUAGAAUUAUUAAUGUAUGUAAUGUGCCUAUUAAUCCUGGACACUAAAUAUUAAAAUAUUCUCAGUGCAAGC